AUGCAGUUGUCGACAUUUUUGUAUCGUAACGGCAUUCUGCCCCCUCGACCGUCCCCGCGUGCGUCGGUUGUAACCAGGAAACAGUCAAAAUCUGAAAGCGAUUCCGUCGGAGCACCCAUCAAAAUCCGGGUUGUCCUCUCGCGGCCGCUGAGGGUGAAAGCUGGACAGUAUAUAAACCUUUGGAUACCAUCAGUAAGUCUUUGGUCCUGGGUGCAAACUCAUCCUUUUAUGGUCACUUCUUGGGCACCAGUGGAGCAGGAUAUUUUGGAACUCUUUGUGCAGACUCGUCAUGGCCUUACAAAAAGAUUACACGCACUUGCAGCUCUAGAAGGGAGUGCUUCAUUCUCAACAUUUAUCACCGGUCCGCAUGGUAGCAGUGAGCCCGUCAGUCAGUACGAGAGUGUAUUAGUGAUUGCCAGUGACUUUGGUAUUGCUGGCACUGUUUCUUAUAUAAAGCAGCUUGUUUAUCGCUAUAACACAACCACAUCACAGGUUCUUCGUGUGCAUUUGGUGUGGCAAGUGCAAACACUUGACAUCGCAAUUGCUGCCCAGCCAUUUUUGAACAGUCUCCUGGAUGAAGAUAUCCCUGAUGAUGAUACCAGUCACGCGCGCGAGAGAGAAACGUCCGGCAAGCGCCGUCGCCAACAUGUGCUUGAGAUGUCUUUCUAUCUCCAAUCCAAAGAGGACAAAAAAAAUGAGAAGCUUUUUGGAAAGCACAACCGUGCGACUGUCCACCGUGGUAUGCCGAAUUAUGAAGAGAUCAUAUCGGCAGAGGUUUCUGGGGACCACAUUGCAAAGCUCUCCAGUACACGGGAGGAGCGGGGUGAGAUGCUGAUAAUGGGUGAGUAUAUUGUUAUGCGCAAUCCGUACCCUCGCUAA